AGGCAGAGCUCUCAAGCUGCAGCGCUCCCGCAGAUCCUGUAAUUGGCGGCGCCAGUCCGAGGUACACACGGGCCACCGUAGCUGGCACUGUCGGUAAACAGAGUCCUGGGAAGUCCACUUCUCAUGGUGCAGAAGGUCUGGGAUUCUCUCACCCCCAAGCCUCCAGCUUCCUGUAACUGGCAACCUGCGCUUCAAACCUCAUCGAGUUGAUUCUGUGUGGAAGGAGGAUUCCCAUCUAUCGAAGCCAUGAACUUCCUCCGGAGGCGGCUGUCUGACAGCAGCUUUGUAGCCAACCUGCCCAAUGGCUACAUGCCGGACCUGCAGCGCCCAGAGAGCUCCAGUAGCUCCCCAGCAUCCCCGGCCACAGAGAGGAGGCACCCCCAGCCCCUGGCUGCCUCCUUCUCAUCUCCAGGAUCCAGCCUGUUCAGCUCCUUCUCCAGUGCCAUGAAACAGACCCCACAGGCUCCCUCAGGGCUGAUGGAACCACCCACUCCUGUCACACCCGUGGUUCAGAGACCCAGGAUCUUGUUGGUUAUCGAUGACGCCCAUACAGACUGGUCAAAGUAUUUUCAUGGGAAGAAAGUGAAUGGCGACAUUGAGAUCCGAGUGGAACAGGCUGAGUUCUCUGAGCUGAACCUGGCUGCUUAUGUUACCGGAGGCUGCAUGGUGGACAUGCAAGUUGUGAGAAAUGGCACCAAAAUUGUGCGGUCCUUCAAACCUGACUUCAUCCUGGUCCGACAGCAUGCCUACAGCAUGGCCCUGGCUGAGGACUACCGGAGCCUGGUCAUCGGCCUCCAGUAUGGAGGGCUUCCUGCUGUCAACUCUCUAUACUCCGUAUACAACUUCUGCAGCAAGCCUUGGGUGUUUUCUCAGCUCAUUAAGAUCUUCCAUUCCUUGGGUCCUGAGAAAUUUCCACUCGUGGAACAAACAUUUUUCCCCAACCACAAGCCAAUGCAUUACUCAUUCCCUCUGAUGACAUCACCUGCCACCAUGUCCUAGAGAGCCUUGAACUGGACAUCUCUACAAGUCAUCUGUCUUUCCCACUCUAACUAUUCCCACCCUGAAUCCAACCUGGAGAAUCUUCCCAGACAGUGCCAACAGCUCCAUAACUGGCCCUGCCGCCCCAGUCCUUUUCUCCUUCUCUGUCCGGCUCUUCUCUUGCUGCCCGCCGUCGUCUCGCAGAUCAGUUCAUAUUCUGUGGCUCUCUGAACAAAGUCUUAAACUCCGAAGAUGUACAAGGUCCUCUCUGAUCUGCCUCUUCUCAACAGCACCCCGAGCUGCAACUGGAGGUGAUACCGCUCCUAUAGAACAUCACGUGACUGUUACCCAGCAGCAGACCCACCCUUGGUGCUACCUAAACCUCUUGUUACCUCAGUCCCAUCUUGCCCCAUUUUAUGCCCCCCUGCCCUCCCACCUCCACUCCCAUCUGCCAGGAAUCAACUAGGACCACCAGCUUUGGAAUCUUCUCUGACUCUAGUUUCCCUUUCAGCUGUCCAUCUAGGCACCUCUUAUGCUCUGCGCCCCUAGUGGUCUAAAUGUCUGAAUUUUCGGUAGACCCAAGCAAACCUGGGUGCUUCUCAAAUGCCCAGUGCAGCACCUGCACACAGUAGACACUUAGAAAAUACUGAAGAAAGAGACUAAACAAUGAACUGGGGGGGAAAGAUCCAGUGUAUGUCAAUAUCCCCAUCGCUAAUCCACCAUGAGAGGCUCUAGGACCUAACUCAUUGAACUUGGAUUCUCAGAGAGAUUCCCAGAGGUGAACAGUCUCAUGGGUAUACCCAACUCAAAAGGGCCAGCAAGCCAGCCAGCCACAGUAGUGCCACUGUCCUUGCUCCUGUGAGACAAAUGAUUAAGAAGUAGGCAGGCAACACAUGUUCAUGGCAUACCUUAGUAUAUUCUGAUAGUGGAAGAGUCCUAUACCUCCUCACCAGAACACUUUGAGUUGGUGGGUGUGAAAUUAGAACAUGGAUUGAGGUCAUCCCAAGACGAACUUCUAGGGAAAACACCUUGAAAUUUUCUCUUUUCAACUACGUGUUUUAAAUAUUGAUUGCAUGUGUAUGCCUGUGUGCCUGUGUGGUGGUCAGAGGACAGGUGGGAGUUGGGUUUCUCUUUCCAACACAUGGGUUCUGGGUGUCAAACUCAGGUUGUCAGGCUUCGUGUCAAGCACGUUUACCCUGUAAGUCAUCUCAGCUGCCAUUGAAUUUUCUUUCUGAUGGAAGCUGUGUCCACUGUCAAAAGCCAAUCUCGCUGCAUGGUGAUGAUGGCUGAGCUCAAACACCUACUGUGGUCUCUUCGGUCUUCUCAAUUCUUUGUUUAAGAUUAGUCAUGCCUUCAUCUUCCCCUAGACUUGUUUUUGGCCCCAGAAAGAUUGCAAUUCAUUGAUUUUUCUACUAUUCUAUUGUUUUCAGGUACUUUUGAUAGAACAAAACAUAUGAAACUGAAGCUUCUAGUACAACCCGUUCUUGCCAGAUAGAUAGAUAGAUAGAUAGAUAGAUAGAUAGAUAGAUAGAUAGAUAGACAGAUCUUUGAACUUGGCCAGUGGGCCUUGUGUUUAAGAGCAAUGUCUGUGAAGAUAUCCUUGAUGACAAAAAAUUGCCCAAGAGGCCAUUCACAAAGUAUGUGUAGACAUGAGACAGUAUUAGUUAUAAACUUCUACAAAGGGCUUGUGCUUUGACGUCUCCCUCAGUCUUCCAACCCUAAAUAAUAGACAUUUUACGUGAGAGAAAGUAUGUGUGUUGCACACGGUGAGCCGAUCCAAGGUUAACAAGAUUUAUCUUCCUCUUUCCCUCUUCAACUUAUUUUUUGAGACAGUGGCUCUCCUUGAACCUGGAGCUCCCUGAUUCAAGUAGGCUGACCAGCCAGUGAGCUGCAGAGAAGAGAUCUGCAUGUCUCUGUUUCCCCAGCACUGAGAUUACAGGCGUUGCCACAGCACAUUUUUUAGAUCCCUGCUAGAGCUGUGACUUCAGGUACUCAAGCUUGCACAGCAACAAGCAUCUCCCCAGCACUGUAUGUCUGCCUUAUAAUCAAGGAAACUGGGGCUUAAGGAAGACAUCUUGCAGGCACUAAAUAUUGUUUCUCUUUCCUUCAUAUCCAUCUUCUAGGUCUUCUUUCAGACUCUUUCUUGCUAUAAUUGUUUUUCCUCCUUUCAUCUGGCCACCUCUGGUUUAUUGGAAUACUGAAGAAUGGGCCCUAAGGUCCCUGGGGUAUACCUGAGCUGGCUGAUAUUGGCUCAGUAGAACCCAUUGCUAUAUUUUCCCAGAGUUCUCAGAGUCACUUGUAAAACAUGGUCAUGAUUAAAAUUGUAAUUGCAAAAGUCAACAAUUAAGUUAACUUUAUUUAAAGCAAUGCAAAUUAACAUCAAACUUCAUCAUUUCCUAAUCACAUAUACUCCUCAACUUAAAAUGAGGAUAUAUCCAAGUAAACUCACACGCCCGGCUACCAUUGGUUUAAAAUAUCAUGAUCUCAACAGCCUGUAAUAUACUUGACCAGCUAAACAUUGGAGCCAAGCCACAGACAUGCUGCAAGUGGCUCUGGCUCACUGUUUUGAAGGGGACCUGCUGGGGUUUGUGCUCACUGCCACUGUUCAGAAUAUCAGGAGAGGUUUAUAGUGAGUGCCAGUAGCUCAGGAAAUGAUGAAAAGUGAGAGAUCUGGAGGUUGGUUCCAACUGAGUGCGCAUAAUUUCCCCACCAUCUUAAAGUUAAAAAGAAAUAGAAUCCUGAGUCAAAUGUCUGUGUGUUUUUACCAUCUCAAGUUCAAUAUUCUAGAGGUUAUUCCCACUGACUUUUGUCUGCAUGGUGGUGACAUUACAUAAUGCUCUGAUGUUGUGUAUUGUUCUCAUUCACAGUGUAACUUAGAAUAUUUACACCAUGGAAAUUGGCCAACCCAACAAAUCAGGGCUUCUUGUCUAGGAGAGCCACUUGUUAAGUAUUUAUAGGUUCACUAUUAUUAUUUCCUAACUGCAACACCCUGGAUAAAUAACUUUACCUCCUC